UCCCAUGUGACGCGGGUCUGAGCUUAGUGUUCCUGGCCAGAGUCCAAACCUGCCCCAGGCUCAAAAGCUUUCUAAUCCCCAAUAUUCCAAAAUGUGAGAGCUGAGAACUCCUCUCAGAGGGUGUUUCUGCUGUUGAUUUAGAGACACAUCUCUCUCUCACCUGCACACUGCCGCCUCCAGACACCACUCCCCAGACCCCGCAGCCCGAGGUCCAGGUGGGCCUGUCUCUGAGCUGCCCAGGACGGAAGAGCCCAGGCUGGCUCCUGGGCGGGCUCCCUCCUCCCAGCCAGAAGCAGCUGAUUGCCAGCUCCAGGCUGCCUGCCUCCAGCCCAGCCCUAAUCGGCCUGAUCUCAGGCUGCCACUGGGGCCAUGGCAGCCGCUGAAAGCAGUGGGGACAUUUUUCCAAGGUAAUGAUUAAGCCGAGUGCCUGGCAAAGGCACAGGCAGCCGGCAGGAAGGUGAGUCCAUUCACACCUCGACCAGGCUGCAGUGGCUGGGACUGGUUUGGGACAGCAGGGCCCCAGGGCACGAGGGCCCCAAGCUGGCAGCCACAGCCUCCCUGGACACGGGACGUCUGAGAGCAUCUCGGGCCAGAGCCGCUGCUGCCCGCCCUGCUGGGCCGCUGCCCUUGCCCCGGCACCAUGAAGCUGCAGGUGUUCUGGACGGGGCUGGAAUACACCUGCCGGCUCCUGGGCAUCACCACCGCUGCAGUGUUGAUCGGCGUGGGCACCGAGACCUUCCUCCAGGGGCACUUCAAGAGCCUGGCCUUCUACCUGCUGUUCACGGGAGCCACCGUCGCCGUGUGCGAAGGGGCCUACUUCGUGGCUCAGCUGCUGGCCAUCUGCUUCCAGUGUCAGCCAGGGUCCCUGGCCGCCAGAGCGAGGGAGAAGGCCCGCUGGCUGGGUUGCUUCCAGAAGUUCCUGGCCUACCUGCUGCUGUCCGUGGCCUGCUUCCUCCACCCCGUCCUGGUCUGGCAUGUGACCAUCCCAGGCUCCAUGCUGGUCCUCACUGGCCUGGCCUACUUCCUGCUCAGCAAGCGGAAGAAGAGCAGGGCCACGCCCGCGGUGCUGGCCACCCAGGAGCAGUACACGGACCCCUCCAGCAGCGCCAGGAGCACCACCGGCUCCGGGGACACCGAGCAAACCUACACCUUCCACGGAGCCCUCGGGCCGGGGCCCGGCUCCCUCCUCGACCACAUGAGGUGCAUCCUGAAGGGGCCCAGGAAGCCCAGCGCCCCCCAGCGCCCGGAGGCCCCCACCGAGCUGACUCUGGAGCCUGCUGCCUCGCUGGCCGCGAAGAAGCAGGUGCGCUUUGAAGAAAGUGCGGCCAGGAUCAUCCCCGCCCUCGCCGCCGGCCUGGACAGCGAGGACAGCGAGCCGGAGCCGGAGGAAGCCAGCUCGGACACCACCCCCAUCAUCCCUCCCCCGCAAGCUCCAUCCUUCCUGUCUUCUCUCUCGGGCAGCAGCCUCUUCUGAGCUGCGGGCUCCAGCCUGGGAGACGCUCGGCAAGGGGUCUGCGCGGACUGAUGGCCCUGCCUGGAGCUCUCUCACAGCGUGGCCCUCGGGGAGCCCGGUCUUCAUAGGCCGGCUCUUCAAGGGGUGACCAGGCAUCCUCUGCUGGGCCCCCGGGGCCAUCGAGUGACAUGAGAGGUCCCUCAACAGCCUUAAGGGGGUGCAAACGAAGCCAUGUUGGCUCGAGCUGGCAUAGGUCCUUUCUCCUGGACAUGGAGUGAGGAAAUCCUUGUGCUUUCCCCCAAAGAGACCAUCGCUCCCGCUUCCCACAGGCUGCCUCAGCCUCAGGAGAAGCCGCCGGGCUCCUGCUGCUCCGGACACAGCGCCCAGCACUCAGCAAGCCCCCGGGCUCAUCACCCAGCUCUGAAGGCCAAGGAUGUGCCGGCAGCUUAGCCAUGUCCACAGGCAGGUAUCGAAGGCACCAUGAGCCCCAGCCCUGAACUGAGAUUGGGGGAUGGGGAGGGAAGGCCAGGCCGCAGGCCCUCGAGGCAGAGAGCAGUGCCCAGCAGCGGCCUGCGUCCUCUGUGCUCUGGGCUGGUGCUGGGCGCAGGCGUCACAGAGCCUCUCCAGUAAACAGCCGGCCAGGUGGCAGUGCUCACUCCAAGCACACCGCUGCGGGCUCUCUGCAUGGCCACCACACCAACCUUGCCAAGGCCCCAAGUAGACGGUGUGAACAAAAAGAUCCUGGAAGCCAUCGACAGCUUCCGCAGUGAAUGCCUCAGCAGCAGGCAGCGCCCGCUGCACACAAGGGCCAGAGGCUGUGCCCUGAGACGCGCACAGCACAAAGAAGUGGCUCUGCCACACGGAGGUGCCUGGCAGCAGAAUAGAGGGUAGAGACAGGUUUAAAAGAGGAGGGGAGCGGGAUGGCAGGAAAGUGAGCAGGCAGACCAGCUCUCUGCAAGCAAGCCAUGGAAGUGACAGUUAACCCAGAUGGAGCAAAGACAUUAACCAGAUAGUCCUUAGUUAAGGAUUUGCAAUACGGCUUUCAUUUCUAAAAAGUGUCCUUGGGUCCAUGAGAUUGUUGCAAGGAGAGCAAACACACUCUUCUUCAUGGACCAUCUCAAUUAACGAGCAACCCAGAGAGACUGGUAAUGGCUCCCGAGUUCGUCUGUGUGAGCAGCCACGCUCCGCAGAGCCCGCCUCAGACCACGCACUCUACGGUCCAGAGAAGAGACGUGCUUUUUCUUGUAUGCUUUUCAAACCCCCGCCCCACUCCUUACAGG